AUGUGGGGUAGGGUUUGGACCGGUGGUGGUGGUGGUGGCGCCGUCGGUGGUGAUGGUGGAGCGGGUCGACAUGUUCCGUUGACGCGACCUUGGAACAACGUGUGUGAGAGUAAAAAACAAUACGAUGAUUCAAGCUCUUGUCGUGGAUCAAAGGUGUUUAUUUCUAUUGAAGAUGUAGCAGAUGAAAUAGAAUAUUGGAAGCCAUUAGUGGUGGGAUAUGUGUUGGGUCUUCAGCCAUACUACCACCAUUUCAAGGCGUUUGUGGAGAAACGAUGGGACAAAGAUAUCAUGUUAGUAUAUUUAAAGAAUGGCUUCUUCAUGGUUCGGUUUAAAAAUGAAGAUUUGGUGCAACAAGUUCUGUCUAGGAUUGACACCUUUGAAGGGAGAUUGAUAAAUAUGAAACAAGGGUGCAAGAAUGUGGUCUUAGAAAGAGAAGCUUUGGAUUUGGUUCCUAUUUGGACUCGUAUACAUGACCUACCUAUGCAUUGUCGCAAUGCUGUUUCGGUUUCAAAGGUAUGUUCUUCAUUCUCUCACCCAAUUUAUAUGGAUAAUCCAGAAAAGUACAGAGACAAAGAAGGAUUUGUUCGUGUCAUGAUAGAAGUUGGUAUUUCUGAGGUUUUGCCGGAGAAUAUGGUGGUUGACAUGCAUGGGUUGGAUUGUAAUGUAUCUUUUGAAUAUGAGUGGAAGCCUCGGGUAUAUUCUUUGUGUAAAAGGAUUGAUCAUGUGGUCGGCAAUUGUCCAAAGAAAGUUAUACCAACCAAAAUGAAGAAAAUGGUGGGUGAUAAAACAGAAAGGGAAAAUGGUGGACACUGGAGUUGCCGAGAAGGUGGUUGA